AUGUCAAGUGGAUUCCUGAAGUCAAUAACAAACUCGUUCAAAUCAAACAAUGAUAAAUUUGAUAUCCAAGUCGAAUCCAUUACCAAUGAUAAAUAUAAACAAGAUUUAUUUAUUCAAGUACGAUCAAGUCCUUUGAAUACAAGACUAAAAUCAAUAAAUGAAAUUAUCAAUGUGUUGAAUGAAUUUGAUUCAUCGGUGGUCCCCAAAGUAUGGUAUGUUGCUAAAGAUUUAAUCAGUCCAAAUAAUCAAUCAAAUACAAGACAAUCUGGGUUAAAUUUAUUAUCUUCAUGUAUUGAAUUAGGUCAAGAUCAACAACAAGAUGAUGAUACAAUGUUUGCAUAUUUUAAUGAUUUAAUUUCAAAUUGUUUUAUAUCAAAAGAUAAAUUAGACCCCCUUUUCCCACAAUUCUUAGAAAUCAUUGAUAAAAUAACAACCAAUGGGAAAUUUAUUCAUCAUUAUCAAAAUUCAUUUAAAUUACCAAUUAUUCAAUUCUUUAAUAAUUUAUUAUCAUCAAAUGAAUUAAAUAAAUCAUUGAAAGUAUUGAAUCUAUUAAAUUUCAUUAAUGAAUGUAUAAAAUAUGAAUUAUUUACAUCAAGAGAAGAUGAACUUCAUGGGUUUUUAACAAAUUUAAUUAAAUUAUGUUUAAAAACUUCAAAUUUUGAUAUUUUGGAAUCAUGUCUUUAUAUAAUUGAUUCAAUAAAUUUAUAUAAUAAUAUCCCAUUGGAAUUGCUUUAUGAAAUUUUAUCAAUAAUUAUGUCUUCAUCAAAUUUAAAUUUAAAAUUUAAUGAUAUUGUUUUAGAAAUUACAAAUAAUUUAAUCAAUAAACUGGGGUUCCAAGAGGUUUUUAACAAUUUAUUAGAUAUAAUUAUAUCUAAAAAUUCAAAUGAAAAAAAUAUAAAUGCAUCAAUUGGAACCAUAAAGAUCCUAGGUCAAUUAACAAUAAAUUUUGCAUCAUUAAUACAUUUCCAAUCAAUUUUAUUAAAUUUUAAAAAAAUUAUAAAUUGGAAUAAAUCAAAUUUAAGUUUAACAAUUUUACAAUUUAUAAAUGAAAUUUAUUUAAAUGACUUAGUACUUAAUCAAAUAAAUUUUAAUACUUGGGAUGAUCCCAAAAGUAUAAAUAUUUUGGAAAUAUUAAAUAUCCUAAGUACCAAAAUCACCAAAAAUGAUGAAAUUGAUUGUUUUAAAUUAAUUUUAAUUCAUUUACAAAAUUUAAUGGAAAAUUCUAAAUACCCAGGGAAACAUGAAAAUUUAAUUAAAUUUUUCAUAACUCAUUCAAAUAAAAUUUCAAAUAAAAUUUCAAUAACAGUUUUGAAAUUUUAUCAAUUAGAAAAUUAUUGUUCACCAAUAAUAAACCCUGAUUCAUGGGAACAAAAUUUAAAUUUAAUUUUGGAAAAUUUUUAUUAUGACCAAGGGAAAGAUCUUAAUGUUAGAUUAUAUUCAUUAAAAUUAAUUAAAGAUAUUUAUGAUUCAAUUGAAACUACUACACCAGGGAAUAAUGAAAUAUUUACAAGAUUAAAUGAAUUUUUUUUGAAAAAUUUAUAUAUUGAGGAAAAUUCUCAAAUUUUGGAUAAAAUUUCUGAAAUUUUAAUUCAAUUAUCAUUAUUUUUACCCAGAGAAAUUUUUGAACAAAUUAUAAAUAAUUAUAUAUUACCUGGUUUCAUUGAUUUUCAAAAACAAAGAAGAUCAAGUAUAACAACAUUUACAACAACAAGAUCACCUCAAUUAAAUAAAAACACACAAAAAAAAUUAACUAAAACUUUAGUUACAAUUUUUUCCAUAAAUUUAGUUAACCAAAAUCAUGAAAAUGUUUUAAAUAUUUACAAUACAUUAAUCAAAAUUAUUGAAAAUUCACUUGUUCAAAAAAAUAUUGAUUUAUUAUUAAUUAUAUCAAGAUUAUUUGUUAGAAUCAGAGCUUCAACUGAUAAACAAAUUUAUUUAUCAAAUCCAACUGAUAUGGAUGGUUUAAGUGCUGCUUUCCAAAGAAAUUUAAACAUUAAAAAGCAACAACAACAUGAAGAAGAUUUGAUUGAUUCAUUAACUUUAGAAAAUUUAGAAAAAUGGACUUAUCCUGAAGAAGUUUCAUAUAUACCUAAUGAAACAUUAGAUAAACCAUGUAUCAACUUAACAAUAUUAGAUGAUAAUUCUAUAGAUCCUAAUAAAUCAUCAUUAAAUAUUGAAUCUUGGUUAAAUGUUAUUAUAAAAAUUCUUGAAACUUGUCCAGAUUGGGAAAUUUAUUCAUUUAUUUAUGCACAUUUUUGUCCACAAUUAUCAAAUUUAAAAUUAUUUGAAUCAUGUUCAAAAAGUUUAAUUAUUUUUAAAAAUUUAAUUUGUAAUCAAUUAAUCUUGAAAAAUUUACCAUCAAAUUUAAAAUUACCUCCCAAGAUGACAAAAUAUGAUUUACAAGUUGCUAUUGUUAGAAAUUUUACUCCAUUAAUUUCAUAUCAUGGUUUAUUCUCCAAGCAAGAUGAAGAUCAAUUAAUUAAUUCAUUGCUUGUGGGGUUAUCAAGUUGGGAAAAAACUGCUAUACCAUGUAUUCAUAUCCUUACUGUAUGUUGUUAUGAAAUUCCAUUAUCAAUUAAGAAAUAUUUACCAAUGAUUUUAACAAAAUUACAAACAAGAAUUUCAAGUGCAUUUGCUUCAGCUCAUAUAUUAGAAUUUUUAUUAUCAUUAAGUUAUUUACCUGAAUUAACUUCAAAUUUUACAGUUGAUGAAUUCAAAAGAGCUUUUGGUAUAACAUUUAAAUUAAUUCAAUAUGCUCAUGAAAUUCAAGAAUUGAAAAAUUCCACACAAGAUCAACAUCAGGGAAUUUUACAACAUGGUAAAGAAUUAAAAGCUGAAAUUUCCCCCUCCACGGAAAAUUUAGAAGUUACUCCAACAAUUUCAAUUUAUUUAUUAACUUUAUCUUAUGAUGUUAUUGCAAAUUGGUAUUUAAAUAUGAAAUUAAAUGAUCGGAAAUAUUUAUCAUCAUUUAUUAUAAAAAAUUUAAUUACAUCAACCAUAAAUCAUGGUUCUGAUAUAAAUAAUCAAAAUUUAGGUUUCUUAGAUUUAAUUUCAAGAUUUACUUAUUCAGAUCUGGAAUUAAAAUUCAAUCCAAUCCCCAUUAAAACUUUAGAAAAUAAUGAUGAUGAUGAUGAACCUAUAUUAUCAUCAAAAUGGGUUUAUGGCUCAAGUAUUAUUUCAAUUGAUACACAUCCUAAAACUGGUGAAUCUAUAAUAAUUACCAGGAGAGCCUCAGGUACAACAGUUUUCAAAAUUAUUCCAGAAGAAUCAAUGAUUCCAGUUUAUACAAAUCAAUUACAUUCCAAACCCUUGGAGGAUGGUACAGGUGAUUUUUCAUCAAAUUUUAUCUUUUUACAAUUAAUUAUUCAUUCUGACCCUGAAAAUUCAAAUAAACCAAUUGCAAUACCUGAUAAUGAACCAAGUCUUAUUAGAUCAAUAACAAAUUUUGAUAGAAUACCAGUUGUUGAAUUUCAUAAAAUUGGUUUAUUAUAUAUUGGACCAAAUCAAAAAACUGAAAAUGAAAUUUUAUCAAAUACUUCAGGUUCUUUAAAAUAUGAUAAAUUUUUAUCAAAAUUUGGUAGAUUAAUUAAAUUAAAAAAUUGUAAAAGUUUUUAUGUUGGUGGAUUGGAUAUUGAUAAUAAUAAUGAUGGUGAAUAUGCUUAUGGUUGGAAUGAUAAAAUUUUACAAUUAAUUUAUCAUACUACAACGUUAAUGCCUAAUCGUACAAAUGAUGAACAAUUUUUAAAUAAAAAAAGACAUAUUGGGAAUAAUUAUGUUAAUAUUUUUUUCGAUGAAUCGGGAUUACAAUUUGAUUUUAAUAUUAUUAAAAGUCAAUUUAAUUUCCUUAAUAUUGUUAUUCAACCACAUAGUGUUUCAUUCCAUGGAAAUUCUUCAAAUGACAAGAUUCAAAAAUAUAAAGUUAAAAUUCAUAGAAGAUCUGGAGUACCUGGUUUAUUUGCUACAUGUCAUUUUAAAAUUGUUUCAGAAGAAAAUUUAUCAACUUUUGUUAGAACUUUAUCAUUAGUUGCAAAUCAAUUUGCUCAAAUUUGGCAUUCAAAUGGUCAAUAUACUUCAAAUUGGUCUCAUAGAAUGAAACAAAUCAAUAUGAUUAAAGAAAAAUCAUUGAAUAUUCAUCAACAACAACAAGAUUCCAAGACAAAUGAAGAAAAAAUUGAUAAGACAACUGGACAAUCAUUCUUGGAUCAAUUAUCUGGUAGUACAAGUGGUAGUUCUACAGGUCUUUCAAGGAAUAAUAGUAUUUCAAGAUCAAAAUUUGAAUCUUUACAAGAUGGUGAUAAUGAAAUUUUUAGAAAUUUAGAAUUUAAUUCAUUUACAAAAUAG